AUGCCUCCAGUGUUCAACAUAAUCAGGUUCUGCGUCUACGGCGCGGUCCUGGUGUGGACAAUCGUCUGCUUGGCAAUUGCGGCGCAUUUCGAGAGUAUUUUGGUAUCAUCGGACCUCACUCAUUUCGUUCCGUUCGCUAUCUUCGUAUGCUGCGCGAGUCUGCUCAUAUUAUUGGCACUACUCGGGUUCGGUCUCUGGAGGGAGCGGAAUCCUAUCUCGACAAGGAUAGAGCUAGGAUGUCUGGGGCUCGCAGGAGUACUUUGGCUAGCGCUCUCUGCAUUCAUUGCUUCCUCCGAUGCGGAUGACGCCGAUGUCGAAUGUUACUCUUCGGCUGAUUCUAGCGACGUCGUAAGCCUCUCUAGCUUCAACACGGAGAUCUACCAAGCGCAAUAUCGCGUACUGGAAGCGUUUUCAUUCUUCAACCUUAUUCUUAUUUUGGGCUUCUCUAUAUUCUUAUUGGUCCUUGCUCUGCGGCACCAUCGUCGCGGCGAGCGCUAUGUAUGGAUAGUUCCUGUGACUGCCUUUCCCUGGUUCGGCCAGGGAGGCAAGCAGAACGGCGGCAAACUCCCGGCGCCUGUCACGCAGCGCUCGCGCUCACGGUCAAGACCUGUCUUCGAUGAGAAACAGCGCAAGGAUUCGCAGCGCUCGAAGGCGUCCAAGUCUGAGCGUCCCGAGUCUUGGCGCAUCGUCGACUUCGUUCGCCCGCUUGCAUACCGUCACGACACGACGCGCACGCAAGAUACCGGACGCUCGACGGUCAACCGUCAAGACUCCGCGCGCACCCAGGUCACCCGGCACGAUUCCCAGCGCGAGCGCGGGCGUCCGAUCCGCUCGGACUCGCAGCGGACGCAGGUCAAUCGCCAGGACUCACAGCGCGCCCACGUCAACCGGCAGGACUCGCAGCGGACGCAUGUCAACCGACAGGAUUCGCAGCGCGAGCGGAACCAUCCAUACCGGCAGGACUCGACGCGGUCGCAACCACGGCGGCAGGACUCGCAAAGCCGCCGGCUACCGCAGACGGCAGUCAACGAGCCGACACGUAACGAAGCACCCACGUAUGUAUACUGGCUGCCGCACAAGGCGCCUGACCAGGCGCAUAUGACGCAACUCUUCAAGGAGAUGCGCCUUUACGGCUUCAUCACGAUCCUAUUGCUCUCUGCGACCGUGCUCGGAAUCACAGCCUAUCUGGGAAGCAUAUUUUUGCCUAGCAUCCAACAUGACUUUGGGAUCUACUCGGUGAUCACGCCGUCACUCACGCUUCUUGUAUUUCUAAUAACGAUAUCAUGGUCCGCACCGCGGACUGAGGCCAUCGUCCUCUUUGUAUUGGGAGUGAUGUGGCUUGCUAUGGCAGCGUGGUCUGUAGAUAUCAUCGGAAACACGCAAUGCGAUGCUAUCAGCAGCAGUGCUCUCACUGCGACCAAGAACGGACAUGUCUCCACAAGAUCAUGGUGCUAUUUGAUGAAGGUCAUUGAGGCCUUCUCAUGGCUGAUCUUUUGCCUCCUUGCCAUCUUCCUCUGGGUCCUCAUCUCGCUUACGAGCCGCGCUCGUGCUUUCGGCUACCAAUAUGCCUGGGCCGCACCCAUCUUCGAGCUGCCCUGGUUCGGGGAACUCCCUGGAUGGCCCUAUGGCGGCGGCGGCGGACAGAUGAUGAACGGACAGAUGAACGGACAGUACCCGAUGGGCAUGUACCCUACCGCGGGCGUGCCGUACCAGCCAGGUAUAAACGGCGGCGGCUACGUGAUCCAGCAGGCACCCGGACACUCGGUCGUCAUCCAGCCAGGCACGAUGGGCGGUGCACCCACAAUCACGCAGGUCCCUGGCUCGGUGAGCUCUGUCCCCUGA